AUGCAAACUUCACCUUCUCAUCCCGGUCUCUUUAAAGUAGUUCGUCAAGGUGAUCCCGAGUCCUUCACCAGUAAACUCGUUGCCGAACGUGACUUUGCUAAAGAUGCUGUCAUUGUCGAUCUGACAGGUCUCACCCCUGGACCCAAACGCUAUUCUUCAGUUCAAAUAUCCGCCACAGAACAUGUCGAAUUAAACAGUGAUUUACUCUACUUGAACCACUCUUGCGAUCCUUCCACCUAUUUAAACAUUACCCAAAGAGCCAUCGUGGCCUUAAAAGAUAUCAAGCAAGGUGAUGAGUUGGACUUUUUCUAUCCUUCUACCGAAUGGGACAUGGCUCAAGCAUUUGAUUGCUGGUGUGGUUCUGCAAAGUGUAUUGGUAAAGUCAACGGUGCCAGUCACUUGUCAUCCGAUGUACUCAAGCAAUUUACCAUCAGUGAGCAUAUCACUCAGCUUUUAAAGGAACGUGACCAAAUCUAA